AUGACCAGUAAUAUUGGUCCGAAUAUAUUGGAUUCGAAUACGAUAUUAAACUUCGGGAAAAUGAACAGUUCAGCUAUUGGUCAAAUACUGGAGUAUCAAGCAUCUCAAAGACCGAAUCAGUUGUGUCUUCUUUAUCCUGAUUUAUCGUUUAAUUUUACUCAAUAUGCAUCACUGACAUAUGCACAAGUCAAUAAUAUAACAAAUAAUCUUGCUGAGCAGUUUUCACAAUAUAUUUCACAAAAAGAUAUGCCCGUUGUUUGUUUAUUAGCAAAUAAUAAUGUUGAUUGUUUAUUAAUGUUGUAUGCAUUAUUAAAAUUAAACAUUAUUGUAUUUCCAUUAAGUACAAGAAAUUCACAAGCAGCUAUUGUACAUUUAGUAAAUGAAACACAAGCAUCACAUUUAUUUACAACUGAACAAUAUUCCUCAAUAGCUGAACAAUUUAAAGAUUCAACGACAAAAAUUGUUAAACUAGAUAAGUUAAACUUAAAUGAUUUACAACAACAAUCAACAUCAUCGUUUCAAAAGUGGGUGGAAACAGAAGAAGAUCGUAUUCGAAUGAUAUUUCAUAGAUUUCAUAUAUUUCUAUUUGGAACGACCGUAGCGACGUUUUAUGCCGGUGCCACACUGGCAUUACCAUUGUCUGCUACUUAUCCCCCAUCACCAGCAGAACUUGUGGCGAAUACUCAAGUUGAACAAGUGACAAAAUUAGUUUGUGUACCAGUUCUUCUUGAACAAUUAUUUCAUGAAAUGAAAAGCAAGAAACACAUUGUCAAUCUGAAACCGUUAUCGAGAUUUGAUUUUAUUACGUACGGCGGAGCAAUGUGUCCCGAUGCGACUUGUCAACAGUUAGUUGACAGUGAUGUGAAUCUUCUUUGUGUCUACGGUUCAACAGAAGCAGGCAUAAUAGCAAUGAAACCUAUGUAUCCACGAGAUAAACGUUACAAAUGGAUGAUUAUACCUGAAAUUCGUAAGCCAUUUAUCAGAAUUGUUUCCGCAUUAGAUGACCCAAAUGUCAAAGAAUUGAUUCAUUUACCAAAUGACCCAUUUGUGGCAUCCAAUGUAUCAAAUUGUUCUGAUGGUGGUUAUUCAACUGGUGAUUUGGUUUUAGAAGAUUUGUCUAAUCCGGGUCUCUAUACGAUAUUUGGUCGAAAAGAUGAUACAUUGAUACAUGUCAAUGGUGAGAAAACAAAUCCAGGUCCAAUUGAAUCGGAAAUACAAAAAUGUUUGAUUAUUAAACAAGUGCUGAUUAUUGGUCAUGGACGUUUUUGUACAGGUGCAUUAAUUGAACUUAAUCGUGAGGAAGCAAGUAUUUAUGAAUUCGAUGAGAUCGAAAAACAAGUAUGGAUGGCUGUACAACAAGCUAAUAACAAUGCACCAACACAUUCACGUUUGGCGAGAGAAAUGAUUAAAAUAUUACCAAUGUCUAAAAUAAUUCCAACAACUCAUAAAGGAAACGUAGACCGAAAAAGCGGUCUUGUAGAAUUUGCUGAUUUAAUCGAUUCAAUGUAUGAUAAAUUUUUAAAUCCAAAUAUCGUACAGCAAGAACUAGUGCAACUUUCACAACAACGCUGGACAAAUGAAACGAUUCGAAAUUAUUUACAAUCCAAAGUAGCCACAAUAGUAUCAAAACCGAUGCAUUUGUUUGAUGAUCAUUCAAAAUCAUUGUUCGAUCUAUCAACAUUUGAUUCAUUGAAUGCUAUUCAAUUACAUAAUCAAAUAUCUCAGGAUAUAAUGCCAAUUCCACGAAAUUUUGUUUAUGAAUAUUCAUCAAUUGAUAAAAUGACAAAAAAGCUGUUAAAUGACGAAACACAGAGCAGUGAUUCAUCAGAACAUUAUAAAGAAACGGAAGAGAUUAUUGAUAAGUAUAUUGAUUUAAUCAAACAAGAACCAACACUAACACGAAAACGUGUAUUUCUUUUAACUGGUGCAAAUGGUUCAUUGGGUAGUUACAUUCUUUUUGAUUUAUUAUCAAAUUCAAAUGUUGACAAAGUUUAUUGUCUUGUGCGUGGUGAAAAUGCUCAUGAUCGUCUUUUAAAAUCAUUUCAACAACGAAAACAAAAUAUUACCGAGCAACAACUACAACGUAUUAUUGUCUUAUCAAUGGAUUUGACUAACGAACAUCUUGGACAAACUAACGAUGUUUAUACACACUUAGAAAAUGAAGUGACUGAUAUAAUUCAUGCAGCAUGGAAAAUUAAUUUUAAUUUGACAAUUAAACAUUUCGAAUUUGAUCAAAUACAAGGCCUUUAUCAUUUACUAAAGUUUGCACGAUCGCGCACAAUAAGAUUUCAUUUUAUUUCAAGUAUCGCUGCAGCUGGUAGUGGUUUUAUGCAAGUAAUCAAGGAAGAACCCUUACCAAGACAACCGAAACUCGCCUUAGAUCAAGGUUAUGGACAAUCAAAAUAUGCUGCAGAACAUAUUUGUUGGGCAGCUCGAGAUAUUUGGGAUGUACCAGUUGAUAUCUAUCGUGUUGGACAAAUAUCUGGUGAUACACUGAAUGGCGUAUGGAACACAUCUGAAAUGAUUUCAUUAAUAAUCUGUGCUGGUGGAGGCGAUUUAGGUAAAAUGGCUGAUGUUGGAGAAGCAAUCAACUGGAUACCAGUGAAUAUUGCCAGUUCGGCUAUAGUCGAUAUUGCCAUGAAUACCAGUAUAUUCGCACUGUCAAAGGAGGAACAUGUUCAUCAUAUCCUAAAUCCAUCUUCAAUAACAUGGUCUGAAUUUUUAACUUAUUUGCAUAAUGCUGGUCUAAAAUUCGAUACUGUUCCAUCACAUGAAUGGUUAAAUGCGUUAUUAUCAUCGUCAUCAUCAACGAAUCCGCUAACAAAAUUAGCAUCAUUUUUUGAAAAAUUUUAUACGACGGGAAUAUUUGAAAUAGCUGAGUAUGAAACCAAAAAAACUGUUGAAAGGAGUGUCAAACUAAGAAAUUGUCCAAAAAUCGAUGAUUAUCUAAUUGGAUUAUAUUUACAGCAUUGGUCUGAUUGUGGAUUUUUGAAGUAUGGCUAUGAACCAAGCAAGAAGAGUGGAUAG